AUGCAGGGGCGUGAAGGUCAUGGAAACGGGUUAACUUGCGUCAUAGCAUACAUUGGCGCCAAAACUGGUUCGCAGACAGCAAUACCCCCACACCUCCUCGGUUAAUUUUAACGGUUGUAAAAGAAAGGACUGGGAUAAAAGAAUGGUUCUAAGGGUGGAGAUACAGAGUAGUGUCCCUUCCAGGGAGAGUAACAGAGGUGGCCGAACAGGGAUGGGGAGAGUGAGAACCGGGGAAGAACUUGCGUCCAGCACGCGCCAGAUCUGUAGGGUAUGUCUCAAGGUGAGUUUUUGGUUUGAUUGA